UGUUAGCAUAUUGGUCGGGUCCAGCUGCAGGCCAUCCGAGGGUGGGAGUCUUUCAUCAACGCCGACGUUGACGGCCUCACCGAGGGCUUGCCUAUUGGCGUCUUCCUGGUUGGAUACCGACGAACGGGCAUUUUCUUGUCUGAGUUACGCCUCUUGGACGGUGGCUUCGGUGUCAACAACUUUUGCAGUGAAGCCACUGAAAGUAACAUCGUCGCGUUCGCUAGUUAGCUUCCCGGCUAACCAGCUGAUAUCGUCCGCCGCCUGUCUCUGUCCGUGAGUCCUCGGGUGGCAGCCAUGGCGGUAGGCUGGCCGUCUAUCGCCCUCCUGUUCCUGGUGUCCUUGUUCCUCCACAGCGGCAGCUCCUUCAACUUGGACGCCGAGCGUCCUUCUGUGUACAGCGGCCCCUCGGGGAGCUACUUCGGCUUCUCGGUGGACUUCUUCAAAUCCCCCAACGGUCAACAGUCGGAUGUUCUGAUUGGAGCACCCCGGGCGAACACAUCGUCUGUGGGUGACGUCGUGGAGAGAGGAGCUGUGUACAGCUGCCCCUGGAGGAGCCCAUCGUCUGCCUGCCAGCAGCUCCACUUCGACUCAUCAGGUGACAGGAAGAAUGCGGAUGGGGCUCAGAUGGAGUUUAAGUCCAAGCAGUGGUUUGGUGCCUCUGUCCGAUCCGACGGUGAGCGUAUCCUGGCCUGCGCUCCUCUGUACCAAUGGUCGACUUUUGGAGUCUCAGAGCGAGAGCCGGUGGGAACAUGUUACCUGAUGAAAGGAGCGAAGGUGGUGGAAUAUUCGCCCUGUAGAUCAAGUGCCAACUCUCCCGAGGGGCAGGGCUUCUGCCAGGCAGGCUUCAGUGCUGAUUUCCUCAAGAAAAACAACCGAGUAGUGGUGGGCGGACCCGGAAGCUUCUACUGGCAAGGCCAACUGAUAUCCGAUGAUGUGUCUGAAAUUUUUGCCAGAUUGGACGAAAGUUACAUCACCCCAUAUGGAAACACCUUGGCAACCAAGUCAGCCAGCGCCCAGUACGAUGACAGUUACCUAGGAUACUCUGUGACAGUCGGAGACUUCAACGAUGAUGGAAAAGAAGACUAUGUGACUGGUGUUCCGAGGGGGGACAAAGCGCUGGGUUAUGUGAACAUCUUUAAUGGCCUCAACAUGGAUUCCAUGGUAAACUUCACAGGAACUCAGAUGGCUGCCUAUUUUGGACACUCUGUGGCUGCGACCGACAUGAACAAGGACGGUUUGGUCGACCUGCUGGUGGGCGCUCCCCUCUUCAUGGACAGGGGAUCUGAUGGCAAGCUUAGAGAAGUGGGGCAGGUAUCUGUCUUCCUGGGUCGGGGAGGAUUUUCCUUCAACCCUCCGCAGAUGCUCACAGGGUCAGAGGUCUAUGCUAGAUACGGCUCGUCCAUUGCUGCGCUGGGAGACUUGGACAUGGACGGCUACAAUGAUGUGGCCAUCUCUGCACCCUAUGGAGGCCCAGACCACAACGGCCUUGUCUACAUACACAAUGGGCGACCUCAGGGACCUGAGCAAACACCCUCCCAGGUCCUGCAGGGUAGAUGGGCGUCCAGCUACAUGCCUGCCAGCUUUGGAUACUCCAUGACUGGAAGCACUGACAUAGACCGCAAUGGGUAUCCAGAUUUACUAGUAGGGGUGUUUGGUGCUGACACAGCAGUUUUAUACAGAGCGCGCCCAGUGAUUGGUGUGAAUGCAACGUUGGAUAUCACCCCUCAAAUCAUCAACCCCAAGGAGAAGACUUGCACCCUUUCUGAGUCCGGCACGUCCGUGUCCUGUUUUAAGGUGAAAUACUGUCUGAAGGCAAGUGGCCGAGGAGCUCCUUCCUCUCUCUCUUUCCGUGUGGACUUGCUGUUGGACCGCCUCAAACAGAAGGAGGCGACCAAGCGCGUCCUCUUCCUUCAUGGCCGCACCUUUCAGUACUCCAAGAACAUGACGGUUUCCAACGGUGGCAGCCUGGCCUGCGAGGAGCAGCUUGUCUUUCUUCGAGACGACCGGGAAUUUCGAGAUAAGAUCACACCCAUCUCCGUGGUGAUGGAGUACAGUCUGGACUAUCAGCUGGCCGCAGAUAAAAACGGACUGUUGCCCAUCCUGGACGUGUCUGCACCACCCAACAUCACCAAACAGGCUCACAUCCUGCUGGACUGUGGCGAAGACAACAUCUGCAAACCUGACUUAAGGCUAUCUGUGAAGAGCGACCGCGAGCAGAUGGCCAUUGGUGACGACAACGCUCUCACGCUGGAGAUCAGCGCUGAGAACCGCGGCGAAGGAGCCUACGAGGCCGAGCUGCACGUCUUCCCGCCACAACAGGCCGAUUUCACUGGCGUGGUGCGCAGUCAGACGCUCAGCAGGCUGUCAUGCGCUUACAAGAAGGAGAACCAGACCAAGAUGGUGGUGUGUGACCUGGGAAACCCCAUGAAGGGAGGAACUAAGGUGCUGGCCGAGCUGCGCUUCAGCGUGCACCAGCUCUCAGAGGAGGACACGGCAGUCCAGUUUGACCUGCAGAUGGUCAGCUCCAACCAGUUCAACAACACCAGUGCACGAGUGUCUAGCAUCACCAAACUGGUUGUUGUGGCCAGAGUUUCCAUACGAGGCACUUCUUCUCCAGGCCAGGUGCUGCUCCCUAUUGCCAACUGGAAACCAAAGGUACCACCUGUCACGGGAGACGAUAUCGGACCGCAAAUAGUGCACGUCUACGAGCUACUGAACAGCGGUCCCAGUACGUUCAGUAAGGCGGCGCUGGAGGUGGAGUGGCCGUACCACUACAAGAACGGAUCGCUGCUCUACAUAACCAGCUUCGACACCGAAGGACCCAUCAACUGCACCACCGACGUGGAGAUCAACCCUCGCAACGUGUCGAAUCUGCUGUCGUCAGCGAAGAACGCCAGUGGCGUGGCACCCAGAGAGCGCGAGGCGGAGGGCCGCAACCGAAAUCACGUCCGCAAGCGAGACCUGGAGACGAGAGAUUCUCAGAACGACCUGCUAACCCUGGACUGCAACACAGCACAGUGUCUGAAGCUGAGAUGUGCGGUUGGUCGUCUGGAGAGGAAGAAGAACGCCAUCCUCUUCAUCUACUCCAGACUAGAUGUCAACAACUUCCUAGCGGCUGAGAAUCAGAAUCGUUCGUAUGUGAUCCGAUCUACGGCCUCCUUCAGUGUCAUCGAGAUGCCGUACAAGAACCUCGUAUCGGAACUGCCGUCCAACAGCACCACUGUUAGCGUGUCUGUGAUGUGGGUGGCCGACAUCCCCCAGCCAGUGCCAGGCUGGGUGGUGGCACUAGCAGUGCUGGCAGGACUUCUGCUGCUGGCGCUGCUCAUCUUCAUCAUGUACAAGUUGGGCUUCUUCAAGAGGGUGCGCCCCCCCCAGGAGGACUGCCUGGAGAAGGAGCAGCUGCAGCCUGAAGAGAACGGCAACACUGACACCUAGUGGUCACGUUGGGUACUGCGCCUCCAAUACCAGGAAGAAGGUGGCUCUUCAUCAUAGCAGCCAUCAACCAGAACUUUGAUACUGCUCUCACGUGCACACCACCUUAGCUUAACUUAGCACAAAGCCUCCCGCGUGUGAGUGGUAUCAAUCUUGCACUUUGUCUCCUGCUUGUAAUGGAAUUGACUUCUACGCAAAGUCGGGCAUAUUUUACAAGCCUGAAUCAGAAACACUUCCAGUUCAUUUCAACACGGUUUAUACUUAGUUUCACUUUUAGUUCCAAUCGACGCUUGUGACUGUCAUGACGCAAUCCGUACCGGAAACACAAUCGGUUCUGUGCAUGCGCAAGACCUACGGUACUUCCUCCUCUCGCAAAUUUUCAUGACAGCGCUUCUGUGACGUCAUGUGCUGUGGUAGUUAUGAUUGUGUUUUAAAUGUAUGAGCAUUAAUGGUCAAUAACCAUACUUAAUUUAUGUAAUAUAUUGGGGGGUUAUUUUAUUAGUGACUCUUAAUGAAAGACCUUGUUAGCAUGCGGAUGUUUCUGUUGUCUUUAUUCACAAAGACUGAGCUACAUUAAAACUUACGCAAUGUGCCGCAGACGCAAACGUCAUAUUCAGUUACAUAUAUUAAACAUGAAUAAAUACCAUAAAGCAACACAUAAAAUGCAGUGAUAAUUUAAUCUAAACAACCAAAAGCAGAGUGUAAUGAUGGAUUAAUCUAUAGGAUUCAGAUAGAUUUUUUUUUUUUAAAUGGAGAAAUACCAUCCAUCCAAACAGAACUAUCUUGCUGGCAAAUGCUUUUGUAUAUUUUCAGUGGUGGAAGGAAAAAAAAAAAACACUUGCACCAUGGAUACAGAAAAAAAAUCGAUUAUGUUGUAAUUUCUCAGAUUUUAAUGACGUUUUUGGGAGCGGGGGUGACGUAUAUUGCACAUGCGUAGCUGGAAUCUUUGCUGCCUGACGUUUACGCACUGUAACUGCUGUGAAAUAGAUUGACGGAUGACGUAGAUUUCACUUGCGCACGUGACUGCCGAAAAAUAGGUCGACUGGAUGUAGACGCAUUCUGCACAUGCGUAGAACCGAUUGCGUUUCCGGAUUGCAUAAUGACAGUGACUGCUAACCCUGAUGAAGCUAGUGUUUAAAGGACAACUAGUUAGUUAGCCAGAUAAAAAACAAAAAAAUUAGUCAGCUAGUUGUGCUAGCUGCUGUAUUUGCAGCUAAUGUCUCCUUUCGCUAAGCUGUUCGAGUUUUUUUUUUUUUUUUUUUUUUUUUUUUUAAAGAUGUAUUCUGUUUAUAAAAAUCCAGACGUGUAGUGUAACCUGGCCCUGGCUAACUAGCUACUGAGGCUAAAGUUUGAGCUUCAUUAACAGAUUACAAAGGUUGCUAUAUCAUGCUCGAAUACAACAGUCGCAUGCAAUGCUAGGAUUAGCGCUGAAGUCAGCAAAUCAACUAAUGCCAAGUAAACUAAAGGUGACUUAGAGGUGCAGGGCUGUGGUGCUUUUCCUUGCCGUGAUGUAUUUUUUAAAAUUUUAUAUCUCAGAUUGCAGACAUGAUUCUAAUUUUGUACGAUUGCUAAUGAAUCUUUUCUUUUCCAAUUCUGUAAAUCUAAAAACCCAUAUUGGGUUUCCAUUCUGAACAAUAUUUUUAAUUGAUUAAUCAUCAUUCUGCGUUGUUUACCGGGGGUUCCCCUGCCUAGUAACUACAUGUAAGCACCUACCCAACGAUCUACUUCCUGUGACAUAGGCUAAUGUGUAGCUAGCGCACUGAGUCAUGGCGGAGGUAACAGUCUGCUCUCGCCAGAAAAAGUCAAAAGUGGACAAGUUGUCGCAGUACGGUGUCCACUUUGACCAACGAAGUACUAAAAAUGGCGUUCGUGUGUUAUGAUGUAUUCUUUCACGCUUUUGUGAUUUCACCUUUUCAAUGAAAAUAAACUUUCUCAACACGUUUGUGU